AUGGACUACGUCCAGCAACGAAUGACCGACGAGGCGGCCAAAGGGCCAGCCAGUGACUCCCUCCUCACCCCCCUCAACCUCAUCCUCGUCUCCGUCGUCGUCUACGCCGUAUACACGGUCUUCCGCGCCCCCGCCAAACAUGAUCUGCCCAAACCUCCGCCGGCCGUCGUCUUUCGAACCUACACCCCGCGCACUCUACUGCCCCUCAACGGCGAGAACGGCAACCCUGUCUUCAUGGCCGUCCGCGGCAGGGUUUUUGACGUUACCAGCGGUCGCAACUUUUACGGCCCCGGCGGCCCCUACGCCAACUUUGCCGGCCGCGACGCCAGCCGCGGCCUGGCCAGCCACAGCUUCGACGAGGACAUGCUGACCAAGGACCUCGACGGCCCGUUGGACCCCCUGCAGGACCUCGACGCCGAGCAGAUCGAGGCCCUCGAGGGUUGGGAGGCCCGUUUCAGCGAAAAGUACGAGGUGGUUGGCCGGUUGGUGUCCGUGGCCGACUUCAAUGCGGACAAGUGA